UCAGGUGUUUGUUGGAAAAAUCCCCAGGGAUUUAUAUGAAGAUGAGCUUGUGCCACUCUUUGAGUCUGCUGGUCCCAUCUGGGACCUGAGGUUAAUGAUGGACCCUCUGUCUGGUCAGAACAGGGGUUAUGCUUUCAUAACUUACUGCAACAAGGAUGACGCACAAAAGGCUGUGAAGCUUUGCGAUAAUCAUGAAAUCCGCCCUGGAAAGUACUUGGGAGUGUGUAUAUCUGUUGCAAACAAUCGCCUGUUUGUUGGAUCGAUUCCAAAGAAUAAGACCAGAGACAGUAUAUUAGAAGACUUUGGCAAAGUUACAGAGGGACUGCAGGAUGUGAUUUUGUAUCACCAGCCAGAUGACAAGAAGAAAAACCGUGGCUUCUGUUUCCUUGAGUAUGAGGAUCACAAGUCUGCAGCUCAGGCCCGCCGCCGCCUAAUGAGUGGCAAGGUCAAAGUUUGGGGAAACCCAGUUACAGUGGAGUGGGCUGACCCCGUCGCAGAGCCUGACCCAGAGGUCAUGGCAAAGGUUAAAGUGCUCUUUGUGAGAAAGUUGGCCACGUCUGUCACUGAGGAGCUGCUUGAGAAAACGUUUUCUCAGUUUGGGAAAUUAGAACGAGUGAAAAAGCUGAAAGAUUACGCAUUUGUCCAUUUUGAAGAUAGGGAUGCUGCUGUAAAGGCUAUGGAAGAGAUGAACGGUAAAGAACUUGGAGGAGAGGAAAUCGAGAUAGUCUUGGCAAAGCCACCAGAUAAGAAGAGAAAAGAGCGUCAGGCAGCUCGCCAGACUCCCAGGGGUGGCGGGUAUGAUGAUUACUACUACUACCCACCUCCUCGCAUGCCACCACCUGGCCGAGGAAGGGGCCGUGGUGGCAGGGGGGGCUAUGCUUAUCCUCCUGAUUACUAUGGCUAUGAGGACUACUAUGAUGACUACUAUGGCUAUGACUAUCAUGACUAUCGUGGUGGCUAUGAGGACCCUUACUAUGGCUACGAAGAUAUGUACAGCAUGAGAAGCCGUGGUACCCGCCCCAGUAGGGGUGGGCCUCCUCCACCAAGGGCUCGUGGGGCUCCUCCAACACGAGGUCGUGGAGGUUUCGCUCAAAGAGGGCCACCUAUCGGUGGUCCUCGUGGGGCACGAGGAGGACGGGGAGUACCUUUCCAGCCUCAGAGGGGCCGUGGUCCUCGCGGUGCCAGAGGUAAUCGCGGGGGCAACGUUGGCGGAAAGAGGAAGGCCGACGUAUUUAACCAGCCUGACUCCAAGCGCCGCCAGACCAACAACCAACAGAACUGGGGGUCCCAGCCCAUCGCCCAGCAGCCCCUGCAGCAAGGGGCCGACUAUUCCGGUAACUAUGGUUACAGUAAUGACACCCUGGAGUUUUCACAGGAUUCUUAUGGGCAACAGUGGAAGUAGAUGCACCUAAAGGUAUUUGGCAACAACACAAAAAAAAGAGGAAAACAACAAAAGAAAAAAAAAAGGAGAUUGGCCACGAUUUUUGAUUGACUUUUUAUUCUUCUUAUUCUUCAUCCCUCAUGAAAAAUAUCUGUAUAUACAUAUAUCACAGAAAAAUGGACAGACUGCAGAAUUGGCUCAAGACGAUUGGCUGGAAAUCCUUUUGGCUGAAGAAAUGAACGUAACCGUUGUGGUCAUUUCUCACUCCUGCGGUUACAUUGGGACACAUCUUUAAAAAAUCAGUACAAUUUUAUUGUAAAGUUUUGUUCCUGGUUGUUUUAAAGCCAACAAUGAACACUGA